ACAUUGCCAUCGGCCCGGUCCCACCUCGGAAAAUAUUGGCACUCUAUAAUUGGAAGGCAGUAUGUCCGUUAUCUUUUCCUGUUCUCAAUCGUUUUCUGAUUGGUGAGAGAAAAGACGUAGUGUAGUCCUCCUGUGCAAUUGGUUUAGAAAAACUAGGUUAGUGGUGCAGCACUGGUCAUGACGGAGGGAGAAAGUAGGUCACAGACUGAGUAACGUUACCGUUUUAUAUCACAGUUCACGUAACAUUAGACAGAUGGGUCCAUUAGAUGGAGAUGUCCUAGCUAGUUCAUCUCAUGUAAGUAGCUGCAUAAUAUUUUCAGCAUGUGUCGUGAUGACCAAUGGCUAGUUGCAUAGCUAGUUAUAUAUCGCGGUGCUAGUUGGCUAACGUUAGCUAACUAACGUUACCCUAGAUAACAAGAUGAAUUUAGGGCUAGCCAAGUUAGGACAAUGUAAACUUAACGUUUCACUGUGGCUAGAAGUCUCUUAGAUGAAAGUGUAUUUUAGCUGUGGACUAAAAUAUCCAAGCCUAGUAAUUUUAACGUUAAGUUAGGGUCUGUAUUUUUUGGGGGGCUGGACGGGGGUAGCAUCCUGACGUUAGUUGGAGACGUCAUUGGUUGGAUCUAGCUGGGCUCGUUAAUAAUAGUGUGGAACUGCAGCCCGUAGUUCGUGGCGUUCUUGCAUGUGAGCGUUCCCCCAUGUGGGCGUUCCUGCAAUUCGGGGCGUUCCUGCAUUUUCGAGGCGAUCCUGCAAUUCGGGGUGAUACUGCAUGUGGGCAUUGGAGGCAACCAUAGCUGUAUGGAUCUGUGCAAAACUGCAACAGUAGAGCACCUAUCCCAGUGUCUCAGAGGAGGAAUAGCAGCCAGGCCAACCAACCAGGAGGCGAUUCUCUCUCUUCAUCUCAAACCAAGAGCAGAGCAAUUGCAAAUGGAUGGAAGGAAAUUCCAGAAGCUGUAAUGAACAUUUGUGAUUAUCUAAUGGCAGACCAAAGAAUGGACAUUACCUCUACGAUGAAUGAGUUCAUGUCCCCCAGCUCCACCGAGCUGAUCAGCAGCUCCAUCAACACCCAAGGCAUGGACUACACCCGCAAGAGGAAGGGCAGCACCUCCGACUACCAAAUUGAUGGAUUUUCUUUCGACGAGAGCAGUAUGGAUACAGACAAGGAUAAGCUUAGGGAUUGUGGUGAUCAUCAGGGGCGGAUCAAAAAUGCCAGGGAGGCACACAGUCAGAUUGAGAAGAGGCGCAGAGACAAGAUGAACAGCUUUAUAGACGAGCUGGCGGCGCUAGUGCCUACUUGCAACGCUAUGUCCCGCAAGCUGGACAAACUCACAGUCCUACGCAUGGCUGUCCAGCAUAUGAAGACAUUACGAGGCGCAGCGAACCCAUACACAGAGGCGAACUACAAGCCGUCUUUCCUGUCCGAUGAUGAAUUGAAACACUUAAUAUUGAGGGCUGCUGAUGGCUUUCUGUUUGUCGUCGGAUGCGAUCGUGGGAAGAUCCUCUUCGUCUCUGAGUCUGUUUACAAGAUCCUCAACUAUAGCCAGAACGACCUAAUUGGCCAGAGUCUUUUUGAUUACCUGCAUCCUAAAGACAUCGCCAAAGUCAAGGAGCAACUGUCGUCAUCGGAUACAGCACCCCGGGAGCGACUCAUCGACGCCAAAACUGGCCUGCCAGUGAAGACUGACAUUACCCCUGGGCCGUCUAGACUGUGCUCCGGAGCCAGACGUUCUUUCUUCUGCCGGAUGAAAUGUAACCGGCCCUACGUCAAAACGGAGGACAAGGACUUCCCCUCCACCUGCUCAAAAAAGAAAGCCGACCGCAAGAGCUUCUGCACGAUCCACAGUACUGGCUACCUGAAGAGCUGGCCGCCCACCAAGAUGGGUUUAGACGAUGACAACGAGCCCGACAACGAGGGCUGUAACCUCAGCUGCCUGGUGGCCAUCGGCCGGCUGCACCCCCACAUCAUCCCCCAGCCCUCACAUGAGGACAUCCGCGUCAAACCCACUGAAUACGUCUCCCGCCAUGCCAUCGACGGGAAGUUCGUCUUUGUUGACCAGAGGGCCACAGCCAUUCUUGCGUACUUACCCCAGGAGCUUCUAGGCACCUCCUUCUACGAGUAUUUUCAUCAGGAUGAUAUUGGCCACCUGGCAGAAUGUCACAGACAAGUGCUGCAGAUGAGAGAAAAGAUCAACACAAACUGUUACAAGUUCAAGAUUAAAGAUGGCUCCUUCAUCACGCUGAGAAGCUGCUGGUUUAGUUUCAUGAAUCCCUGGACCAAAGAGGUGGAGUACAUUGUCUCCACAAACACAGUGGUCUCAUGCAGUAUGCUAGACGGUGCAGACCCCUAUCCUCAGUCUGCUGCUUCCCCCACAGCCUCUAUGGACAGUGUGCUGACGUCAGAAGGUGGAGGGAGACGGGCUAUUCAGACGGUGCCAGGCAUCCCUGGUGGAACACGGGCAGGUGCCGGCAAGAUCGGCCGUAUGAUCGCAGAGGAGGUGAUGGAGAUUCAGAGGACCAGAGGCUCAACACCCUCUAGCUGUGGCUCCAGCCCCCUGAACAUCAGCACCCCCCCUCCAGACUGCUCUCCAGGGGGCAAGAGGAUUCAAAAUGGUGGGACACCAGACCUUCCGUCGGCAGGAACGCUACCAGGAGGACCUGACUCCAUUGGAUACCCAUACUCCAACCAGUCCAUUAUGAGUGACAACUCUCAUCUCAGCAUUGACAUCAUGGACGAGCCAGGCUCCAGCAGCCCCAGUAACGAUGAGGCAGCCAUGGCUGUGAUAAUGAGUCUCCUGGAGGCUGACGCAGGCCUUGGGGGCCCCGUGGACUUUAGUGACUUACCCUGGCCCUUGUGAUGACGGCCCAAGAGGAACGAGGCAUAGCAGGGCUGUUGGAACUCUUGGGCUAAGGCCCACAGAAUUAUGUCAAAACCCUGAAUUGAUGUGCAGUGGCAUCAUCAGGAACCAUGGCACUGUGGGACUUAUUGGAGCCGAGACCUCCAUGUUGGGACUGGGACAGGUCAUUUCAAAGUAUACCUGUAGGUGCCCUCCCUAGCUUGCUGCUGGACAUUCUUCCAUUGACCUUCACCACAGGAUAAUUCAGCAUUUUUCAAUGGCUAUUUUCCUGCAUUAUCCUACCAGGGAUUUCUAUUGAAAACCUGUUUGUGUUUGGAUGUUUUUACACUACAGUACACAUUGGUUUUCCUUGUUGGAUAACCCCAUUUGAAAAUGUUAUCAAAUCUUUAAAUAGUAUCAUGUAAAAAAUACUUUAUGCUAAAUAUAUGGUGUGUGUAUUGUAUCAGCAGUGAAAUAUUAAUUGUGUCAGCAGUUAAAUAUUUUUUAUUAAAAGUUUGUUUUGUAUCUCUUUCCAGAAGACUUUGAGCUAUAAACAGAAUUUGAUGCAGUAUGUUAUUGACGCUAAUGAAUAAAUUGUAUCCAUAUUUACAA